GAAAACCGAGCUCCCGUGUGUUUGCUGUUCUCCCGUGCGUUGAUUUUGUGUAAACGUUGCGUUUCGUGGUGUUUUCGUGUGUGUUUCAUGAGCGCGCGUCUUUUUUCUGGCUGUUGUGUUGUCUGUUGAGCGUCUCUGAGCGGUUGUGUGUUUUCUGAGCAUCAAAAGACGACCGAACUCUAGGAGAUCAUGGAUGAGCUGAUGGAAAUGUUCAACUCCUUCAUCGGAGAAGCGCUUCUUUCGGAGCAAAACAUGGAGGAGGAGUUCAAGGAACUCGAAAGGAAGAUAAACCAGUGCGUAAAGCAGGCUACUGAGCGUGGUACGCCGGUGCAAAACAAGAAGCGCCCGAAACGGCAUGCGUCGAUCUCGGAGAAGGAUGAAAGAGACGCCAACAGCACCGUGACGAACGACGGGCGUUCCUCUUCUGGUCGUGGCUCGGCCAACAGAAUGUUGGAUGUCGCACCGAGCGAUGAACUGAUGGCGGGCGAGGAACCGGCGGCGGCUGCUGCUGUCAUGCCGCCUCCGCCAGCACCGGUGGCAGCUGUGGAAAAGGCUGCGCGCCCCUCACGAACUGCGCGGUUGAAAGCGCAAGAAAAGCUCAAAGAACCGAGCCUGGUAGAGAAAAUGCGCAACCCGAACACGAGCAUUAAGGUCAAAAUCGAACGUUCCUCGACCAUUGCUAAUAGCAGCACUUUAUCGAAUGAUAAAUCUCACCUGGAUAGCAAUCUGCACAAGACCCCCUCCACGUUCGACGAGAUGGAAGUUGAAAAUGAUGCCAAUCGUAUGAACCGUAUGGACAACGUGGUUCCACCGAUCGAUGAGGGCUUGAGCACUAACGACGGGGCAAACAAAGAGGGAAAACCUAAAAAUACGACCAGCAAUCAUCGGGAUUCUGGUGAGGAGGAAAUGGGCAAAGCUUCAUUGAUGGUCAUACAACCGACGGUUCCGAAGGUAGAGAUUGUGUCCGACGAAGAAAUGCCACCGCCGAAGAUGCCUGCACCGAAACCAGCCGCACCUCGGACCGGUCGAGGACGUGGUCGCCCACCGAAGGCCUCAAAAACCAAGAGUACCAUCCAACCGGAUGAGGAUACAAUGGGAAUAGUCGAGCCGAUUCGCGUUAAAACGGAAAAACUCUCGAUAGUUGAGUCGGCGGAGAGCACGUUCACUAUAACCCAGCCACCAUUGCGCCAGCUGAAUGUUGUAUUAGAGAAUAUGGCCAUUCCGAAGGGAACACCUCCGCAGGCAACAGCUAAAUCGACGCCUGGCAUGAGGACACCCGAUUAUAAAGGAACCGAUUUGGAGAAAACGGCCGGCACACCACCGCCGGCAACAACAACGUCGCCUGGCAUGGGAAUUCCGGAUGCUAAUGGGACUUAUUUGGUGGAAGCGGCCUUUCCAAAGGGAACAUUACCGCAGGCAACGGAAAUGGGACCUGGUUCGGGAACACCAGAUCCUAAUGGAACGUUUGCCAUUUCCACUUCAUCCUCUGGCAACAAUCGUUGUUUGCCCUCGGUACAGGAUGGAACGUUCGUGAUAGAGAAGAAUGAUUCUUCCAGCGAGCCGAAUCCCUCCGAGAGGAUGCAUCUGGUGAAUGCCAGUAUUAUGACCGAGGACGAUUCGGUGGUAGAGAACUCUCCACACCAACAACCUACUUUUGCAGGGCCUGCUGCUGCCUAUGUGAAACCGUCAUUUUCGAAAGCAACGACAGAAGCGAAAACAAAGAAGGCUUCUACGACUGGAACUUUAAAGAAAUCAUCCAGCACCAACGCCCUUGGUUCGAAUCGCAACGCCACUGCAGCACUGGCUGAUGCUGGCAAGAAGCAUAAGGAACUGUUUAAUCCGUGUGUGCAAAGCCCCAUCAAGAGCCGCAUUGAGGCGUUCGAGAAAUGUGCGUUUGGUAGCACUAUGACGACGAAGGCAGCGAGUGGUACACCGCAGGUGGCUCGUAUAUACAAAACCGUCAGCACGCCUACUAUGACUCCGCACUCCAUCGCAACUUUAGAUGCAUACGGGGCGGCCGGAGUUCGGUCAGCGAAUGCUGCUCGACCGAUGGGAAACACGGUGACUACUCCGAACAUAACCACGCAGCCAAUUACUAAGGCUUCCUCGGCCUCCAAGAUAUCGCAGAUGCGAAACAAAAUGCUUCAGCAUUACACACACUCUGUGGCUGCAAACGGCGGGGCCGGUGUGAGAGGACCCCAGAGUUUGUCCCGUGAGUCAAGCUGGGAUCGCGCUGCAACCGUUGCCCCUUCCACGAGUGGUGGAACGCUCUCGGCCGCAUCAUCUACCUCUUCGCUGCUCGAUGAAAAGAAGAAAAAGCGUGAAGAGAAGCAACGCAUAGCGGCUGAGCAGCGGGAGGCAAAGGAACGCGAGAAGCGUGAACACAUGGAGCGACUUCGACGGGAAAAGGAGGAAAAGUAUCAGAAACUGCUGCUGGAAAAACAGGAAAAGAUACGCCUGGAUGCAGCCAAGAAAGCCCGCAAGCUAGAAGAAUUCGAAAAGCGCCGCCAACAGGAGGAACAGCGUGCACUGGCCGAUCAGAAGCGGGAUGAGCUGGCCAAGCAACUCGAACAACAACGAAUUGAUCGCGAGCUUCUGGAAACACUGAAACAUAGCCAGAUGAAGGAAAACAACGAAAUCAAGCUGCAGAAGCAGAUGCACCAGCAGAAGCUGCGUCAACAGCAGCAAGCGGCGGCUGCCGCAGCAGCGAAGAAGAAAGCAGCGACUGGAAGUGGGCGCCGUGUCCAGCAAUUCACGUUCGAUAUGAUCGAAACUGAUGAUUCGACGGACGAGGAUGAGCCGACCGAUCCGUCCAAGAAAAACAAGCGUCCACCGCUUCCCGAGUGGUGCAAAAAUGAAGAGCAAUAUCGUAAAGAACUGAUGAUCCAGUCCAAGGUGGACACGAAGGUGAUCGAUCGAUUGUUUUCCGUGCAGCCCACAACGCCCGAUUUGCGCGAACUGUUCCCCUCGAUCGAUGCCCACAAGCUGAAGCGAAACUCGAGUGCCAUCUGGAGGACGCCGCCUCGCCCAUCCCAGAUUCCAUAAUCAGCUCAAUUCUAUUAUUAC